AUGUCUGCCGUUCCCGUCGUCGGUCUAAUCGUUCCUGCCGAAGCUGCGUGGUUUGUUCCAAACUAUCUUGCAGUUGGGCCGAACGUGAUUGUUGCUCGUGAAGCUGUUUCUGGUGUCGUCCAGUUUGGAGGAGAUGAUAUUGUUAUGCUCCUGCAUCCUGGUCAUUUACCACUACAGGGCUUCCAUCUUAUCUUCCAAGGUGCUUUGCCGACCAGGCGUUUCCACUCGGGGUGUGCCGGGUGGCACAACAGGGUUCUCUCGGUCGGCGAGGCCGAGGAUGGGACCGUCGGCCGCAAGGGGCGAAGGCGGGUUCAUAGUUUAGAAGUGAAAGGGAGAUAUGGGCUGAUUGUCAAUCGGUUUCCCACAGACGGAGCUAAUUUGUUCGCGCUAAAUCUGAACAUAUAA